AUGCACUACAACAAGGACUGCCGGUUCCAAGACCAAAAAUGCAACGAGUGUGGCAAGAAGAAAAAGCAACCGUCGACGAAGACGGUGACGAUCCGAAACAUCAUCCAGGGUCGGAAAUUCGUCAAGCUCCAGGUCAACAACGUACUCCUUCGCCUACAAUUAGACACAGGGUCCGAUAUUUCGAUAAUUUCGCACCGCUCGUGGAACAAACUCGGUCGGCCCCGGACGAAACCAACGGUUUGCACCGCGCGAACAGCUUCCGGAGAACCACUCGAUCUUGUUGCCGAGAUGUGGCGCAACAUUUCCCUCAAUGGAGUCACAAAAGGGGGGAGGUGUUUCAUCGCCGCUCCUAACGUCGACAUUCUAGGAAUUGACUGGAUGGAUUUGUUUGGGUUGUGGAACCAGCCAAUCACAUCGUUCUGCAAGCAGGUCAGCGCCCAACCAAGUCAGUCGCUGGCUACUCUUCAAGCUCAGUUCCCCGAAGUUUUCACUAACGAGAUGGGCCUCUGCAAGAAGGCUCCCGUCAAGCUGGUCCUGAAAGGCGAUCCGAAACCAGUCUUCAAGCCGAAGCGUCCGGUAGCGUACUGCAUGGAAGGUGUAUCGCUAGAGAAUCUGGGCAUUCUGAAGAAGGUGGAUUUCGCUGGAUGGGCAGCACCAAUCGUAGUGGUCCGGAAACCCAAUGGCACCGUCCGGAUUUGUGCUGAUUUUUCGACUGGCUUGAACAGCGUACUCGAGCCGAAUCAGUACCCUCUAACGCUACCCGAAGAUAUAUUCGCCAAAAUGUCCGGAUGUCGGGUGUUUAGCCAUAUCGACCUUUCUAAUGCCUACUUACAAGUUGAGGUCGAUCCGGAGAGUCAACCGUUACUCACCAUAAACACCCACAAAGGCCUCUUCCAAUUCACCCGCUUGUCGCCCGGCAUCAAAUCUGCCCCAGGCGCAUUCCAACAGCUGAUGGACACGAUGCUCGCUGGUUUACCGUGUACCGUUGGUUAUUUGGAUGACAUCGUAGUGGGAGGUCGAACGGAAGAGGAACAUCGGCGCAACCUUUUCCUUGUGUUGCAACGACUGCAAGCAUUCGGCUUCACUGUCCGCAUAGAGAAAUGCAGUUUCCACAUGCGGCAAGUGAAAUAUCUCGGGCAGAUCCUCGAUGGCGAUGGAAUUCGUCCAGAUCCGGACAAGAUUGCUCCGAUUGUCAGCAUGCCAGCUUCGCACGAAUUGCUGAAGGCAGGAGAAAAGUUCGAAUGGUCAUCAGCUGGCCAGAAGUCGCUCGACCGUUUUCACGAAAUUCUUCAGUCCCCGCUUCUGUUGACGCACUACAACCCGAAACUAGAAUUAGUUGUGUCGACAAAUGCUUCCUCCGUUGGUCUGGGUGCCCGGAUCGCACACAAAUUUGAUGGAUGGCAUGCGGAUGGCACCGUGAAAGCCAUUUGCCACGCUUCGCGCAGUUUGACAGCAGCGGAGAGUAAUUACAGCCAGAUCGAAAAGGAGGGUAUGGCUUUGAUAUUCGCCGUGACCAAAUUCCACCGGAUUAUAUUCGGACGGCGUUUCGUGCUCGAGAUCGACCACAAGCCUUUGCUCGCCAUAUUCGGGUCGAAAAAGGGCAUCCCCACGUACACCGCCAACCGGCUCCAGAGAUGGGCGUUGACACUGCUUCUCUACGAUUUCGACAUACACUAUGUGUCGACAGAUGCUUUAGGACACGCGGACAUCCUGUCCCGCCUUAUCAAUCGCCAUGUUCGUCCGGAAUAG